CCAUUUGAAGUGUGUAGCCGCAUGUUUAGAUAAACGUGUUAUAAAAUUGCGCGCGCGCCGGUCUCGACUCGACACCGUAGAGAGGGGACGCGACUGGUUUCAUUUGUUACCAACUGCAACGUGGCUUCAAGUUUUGUCAACAAAAAACGUUCGGUUAUUUUGCUACUGCCACUCGCGUAAAGCAGGCAAUUUAAAAAGUAAAAGAAGAACUGGCCGCUUACACGGUGUUUGUUUUUUCUUUAUUCUUUUUCGAAUCUGACGUAUAACCUGCUGAAUACCGAAUUGUCAUUCGGGCAAGAGUUUUUUGUUAAUUUUAUCAGUUUUUAUUCAUCCAAAUUUGAUUGAGUUUUGUGAAUAAAAUAAUAUAAUAAUGGCGUGCACUACGUGUAUGAACCCGGAGGGCAAGCCCGUGAAAAUGAGGAAAGAGAAAGACACAAUGGGUGAAUUGGACGUGCCUGACGAUAAGCUGUAUGGCGCUCAGACUGUGCGGUCGAUCAUGAACUUUCCCAUUGGUGGUAUUGAGGAAAGAAUGCCGUACCCUGUCGUCAUAGCCAUGGGCAUUUUGAAGAAAGCUGCUGCCAAAGUUAACAUGGAGUUUGGUCUUGAUAAGAAAUUAGCUGAGGCAAUAAUGCAGGCGGCGGACGACGUGAUAUCUGGCAAGCUGUACCGCGAGGGACACUUCCCCCUCGUCAUCUGGCAGACCGGCUCCGGCACUCAGACCAACAUGAAUACCAACGAGGUGAUCGCCAACCGAGCUAUCCAGAUCCUGGGCGGUACCCUCGGCAGCAAGGACCCCGUGCACCCCAACGACCACGUGAACAAGUCUCAGAGCUCCAACGACACUUACCCCACCGCUAUGCACGUCGCCGUCGCCAUGGAGCUGCGCGACAGGCUGAUGCCCGGACUCGUCGCACUCAGAGACACGCUCGAGGCCAAGUCUAAGGAGUUUGAUAAGAUCGUUAAGAUUGGCAGGACGCACUUGAUGGACGCGGUGCCGCUGACGCUGGGGCAGGAGUUCAGCGCGUACUCGACGCAGCUGACGUUCGGUAUCGAGCGGGUGUGCGCCACUCUGCCGCGCCUGCACUACCUCGCGCUGGGCGGCACCGCUGUCGGCACCGGACUCAACACGCGCAUCGGCUUCGCGGAGAAGUGCGCCGCUGAGAUCGCCUCCCUCACUGGUAUACCAUUCGAGACGGCGCCCAACAAGUUCGAAGGUCUGGCGUGUCACGAUGCAAUGGUGGAGGUGUCCGGAGCGCUCAACACCAUCUCCGUCUCCCUCAUGAAGAUCGCCAACGACAUCCGUCUUCUGGCGUCCGGCCCGCGCUGCGGACUUGGUGAACUCAUGCUGCCUGAGAAUGAACCCGGCUCCUCCAUCAUGCCUGGCAAGGUGAACCCGACGCAGUGCGAGGCGCUGACGAUGAUAGCGGCGCAGGUGAUGGGCAACCACGUGGCCUGCACAGUCGGCGGCUCCAACGGACACUUCGAGCUCAAUGUCUUCAAGCCCAUGAUGGUCGCCAACGUGCUGCGAUCUAUUAGACUCAUCGGUGACGGGUGCACGGCGUUCAACAAGAACUGCGCAGUGGGCAUCAAAGCUAACGAGGCCAACAUCGCCAAGAUCAUGCGCGAGUCGCUUAUGUUGGUCACCGCGCUCAACCCACACAUCGGAUACGAUAAGGCGGCGGCAAUCGCUAAGACCGCACACAAGGAGGGCACGACGCUAAAGGACGCCGCCAUCAAGCUUGGCCAUCUCACAGCUGAGCAGUUCGACAAGUGGGUGCGUCCCGAGGACAUGCUCGGACCCAAGUAGACCAUCACAUGCCGUCACUACAUCCUGCAACAAAUGACGUCACCACAA